CCCCUCAGCGCCUUCUCACGGCAAGAAUUUUCGUGAUUGCUCCAAGACAUAACCUAUAACCAAACUGCUAAGCUAAUGAUCAUAUUCUCAGAUCUCAGAGUAAUAAUUUUGUUACUCUGAGGUCAUAUUAUUAUCCUUGAUAAUCGAAAAUUCAUCCAAAUUGAAUUUAUGAAAACGUGUCUGCGCAAUGUGCAGAAGGCUCAAAGACUGUCAAUUUCAGACGGUGACACAAGGCUUCGACAAUUUUGUUCAUCGGCGUCGUCGGCUUGAUUUUCUUGAUAGUUAUUCGUGAAAAAAUGAGGUGUUUUGUACUUUGGUGUAGGAAUUCAUCGUUGAAUCACCGAGAAGGUGUUACAUUCCAUAAGAUACCUAAAGAUAGAUACAGUGAAUGGUUAGAAGCCAUCAAAAGACCAUCAGAUACCCUUCCACAUUCUUCAAGGAGAAUAUGUUCUGAACACUUUUCUUCCGAUAGUUUUAUACCUCUACGUGGAAGGCUCAGAACAUUGAAACCAUAUGUAAUACCGACUUUAAAGUUGACACAGUCACAGUUGUUAAUGCGGAUUCACCUAAAUAUGCCGGAGUCCCAGCAAUCAACAUCUCAUCAAGAGAAUGUUUAUGAAGUAGAGACAGGACCAGUUCUAGAGCAUAUAGAAGAUUUUGAAGAAUCAGAUCUCGAGAUUAAAUCAAAACGCCACCAAUAUUGGAAUGUAUCCCAGCAAACAUUUCAGAAAUAUAGAAAAAGGAUUAACUACCUCCGUGCAAAACUGAAGAAACAGAAUGAGAAAAUUAAAGCCAUGAAUAGUAUACUUAAUGACUUGAAGAAAAAACAAUGAAUAUAUCAUUUGAAACAUCACUGAAGUGGCAGGAAGUUGGAAUAAAUGAUGGGAUUAUUUCAUUCAGUUGUUACACUUUAGAAUGACAGGACUCUAUGCAUCCAAUAAUAUGUGAAAUAGGAAGUUGAAUGACCUAAGAAAGAAGAUGAAGAAGUGUGGCAUAUUCCAAUAAAUAUUUUCAGGACGAUAUACCUUUUGUGACAUAUCGAAAGAACAAUAGCAUUUUUGCCUUUCUCAGAAGUGGUGGCAGAGUAUAAAAAAAUACUUCUCUUGGGAAUGCAAAAACUGUUCAGAAAAGUGGUUAGUUUAAGAAUUAUUCAAUCACCCUCGAAGAUUGCUUACUAAAUCCCAUAAAUAAAUCAGAAUUUAUUGGAUUAUCUGUUCAGUAAAAGCCCAAAAUGUGUUCUAUAAGUUCAUCAAGACUCAUUGUUAAAUGUUUCUUCACUUGAUCCAACUUGAUUCAGGAUAACAUUGAGAUUCGUUUUCAUUUCAAUAUUAAUCUCAUAGUAAUGCAUAUACAUGUGUUGCAGAUUUUGCUUUAUCCAAACGUGAUGAAACUAGUGUUUCUUCAGUGUUCUGAAUGUCAUGUAAUUUUAUGUAAAGUUAUUGUAGAAAUAAAAAAUUGGAAUAGAUGAUGUUGACAGAA